GGCGCAACAUCAGCGAAUUUCAAACAUAAGUUUUAUUGAUUUUAUUUAAAAGAUGAUUUCCUUAUUUGUAUUUAUUUAUUGUUUAGCAAGUUUUUGUUAUGGUGUUGAAAAUAAUACAAUAGUCAUUAAAAGUGAGCAAUGCAAGAAAUUCGAACCAUGCUGGGCAAACCUAGAUACGAGAAUAUUACCUCAGUGGUACGAUGAAGCAAAAAUUGGUAUUUUCAUACAUUGGGGUAUUUAUUCAGUGCCCGGGUUCUCAGAAUGGUUCUGGAAUAACUGGAAAGAAAAAGAAAUUGUGAUUCAUAAAUUCAUGGAAAACCAUUAUGCACCAGGAUUUACUUAUCAAGAUUUUGCUCCUAUGUUCAAAGCGGAAUUUUUCGAUCCUAACAAAUGGGCUCAUUUAUUUAUAAAAGCAGGUGUAAGAUAUGUUGUGUUAACAAGUAAACAUCACGAUGGUUUCUGCAUGUUCCCAUCAAAACGCUCAUUCAGCUGGAAUUCCUGUGAAGUCGGUCCUAAAUUAGACGUAGUCUCUGAACUAUCGAAUGCAAUUAAACAAGUAGGCUUAAAAUUUGGUGUAUAUCAUUCACUUUUUGAAUGGUUCAAUCCAAUGUAUAAGGAGGAUAAGAAAAAUAAUUUUAAAACACUUUAUUAUCCUAAUAUGAAGCUGUGGCCUGAAUUAAAACAGCUAGUUAAUGAUUACAAGCCAUCAUUGCUGUGGGCUGAUGGUGAUUGGGAGGCGUAUGAUACAUACUGGAGAUCGACUGAUUUCCUCGCUUGGUUAUACAAUGAGAGCCCCGUAAAGGAUGAGAUUGUUGUGAACGAUAGAUGGGGUAAAGGUAUUUCUUGUAAACAUGGAGAUUUUUACAAUUGUCACGACCGGUAUAACCCUGGUAAACUACAACCCCACAAGUGGGAAAAUGCUUUCACAGUAGAUAAGAAAUCGUGGGGUUUCCGUAAAACGAUGAACGCAAACGACACAAUGACUAUAGAGGAAAUACUUCAAGAAAUCGUUACAAGUGUUAGUUGUGGAGGAAACGUCCUAAUAAACGUUGGUCCGACGCAAUACGGUACCAUACCGCCGAUAUUCCAAGACAGACUCCUAAAGUUGGGUCAUUGGCUCGAUAUAAACGGCAAAGCUAUAUACAAUUCUUCACCCUGGCAUCAUCAGAAUGACUCUGUUAAUUCUGACGUAUGGUAUACAUGUCAAAAGACUCCAUACAAUGUUUUAAAUCCGACCGCAAAGCCAUUGAUUACCGAUACAAUUUUUGAAAUAUUCGCGAUCUUUUUUACAUGGCCCGUUAGCAACCGAUUGAUCUUAAAAGAUGUAACGGGAUACAUUCAGAGUUCUUCUUACGAGAUUGAGUUAUUAGGCAAUGAUGGCGACUUAUGGAGGGAAAUUAAAAACGGUUUAACAUACAUCAAGCUUCCAGAUAAGGCGACUGUGCUCGUCGAAUAUACAUGGGUAUUACGAUUUACACCUAAGUAUAAAACCAGUGAACUGCGCAAAAAUAAAACAUAAUAACUUAGAAAUGUAAUUGAUAUGAGUUAUUUGAAUAGAUUAUUUUUAAUAAACUUUUAAUUUUUUAAUAAUUUUCCUAAAUGUAUUUCUUAUGUACU